CGUGUUUGGUCACACUGGCCCGAUAUCCCACUGAUUUGUUGUUGUUUUUCUUGAGGUUUUUUCUUCUCACUAAACGGAAAAUUAAUAUUUGCGGUGUAUGUAGUUCAUGUAGUCCGGGACAAGGACUAAACUUGUGUGCCGAAGACGUUGUGCAGUCAAAAAACCCCGAACCGAAGCCGUCAACGCCACAAAACCAAGAAUACACACAUAAACACCGCCCCCACAACUACAUGCACAGCCGUGCCUAGAGAGGCCUGCGAUCGGAGGAGCAUGUUUCCGCACCUGAAGGGCCACGGGCAGCGGGUCAACCUGCAGCUACUGCAGGAGGCCAACUGCCGCGAGCUGGUGCAGCAGCUGGAGCGCAUCGAGGGAUCCAAGGUGAUCGUCCUGGACGAGGCCAUGAUCGGGCCAUUGAAUUUGGUGACCAGGCCGAAGCUGUUCGCCGACCGCGGCAUCCGGCUGUUGGCCCUCAAGCCCGAGUUGCAUCUGCCGCGCGAGGUGACCAACGUGGUGUAUGUGGUGCGUCCGCGAGUGGCUCUAAUGGACCAGCUGGCGGGACAUGUAAAGGCCGGCGGCGGGCAGGCCGGACGGCAGUAUCACAUCUUGUUCGCACCCCGUCGCUCCUGUCUGUGCAUCAGCCAGCUGGAGAACAGCGGCGUUCUCGGCAGCUUCGGACGCAUCGCAGAGCUGGCCUGGAACUACCUGCCGCUGGAUGCGGACGUUGUCACCAUGGAGCUGCCCAAUGCAUUCCGCGACGUUAGCGUUGACGGCGACACCAGUUCGCUGUACCAGGCAGCCGUGGGCCUGGUGCAGCUGCAGCGGCUCUACGGACGCAUUCCCAAGAUCUACGGCAAGGGCGAGCAGGCGCAUCGUGUGUGGGAGCACGCCAAGCAACUGGGACGCGACGAGCGGUCGCUGUACAACGGCGACAAGGGCAUUGUCGACCAGCUGAUCCUGCUGGACCGAAGCAUCGAUUUGCUCAGCCCGCUGGCCACUCAGCUCACCUACGAGGGGCUCAUCGACGAGUUCUACGGCAUCCGGCAGAACAAGCUGAUGCUGCCCUCGGAGCACUUUCCCUCCGACGGCGGACUCGGUGGCGGGGCAGGUGGCAACAUCGGCAAUGGGUCGCGGGCCGACGAGUCACAGUCGCUGCUGGGCGACGGCGAGAUGAAGACGAUCAUGCUCCAUUCCGGGGAGACGCUGUACGCGGAGCUGCGAAACAAGCACUUCAACGAGGUGACCAAGCUGCUGGCACGGAAGGCGCGUGAGAUCCACGCCCAGAUGCACGCCACCUCGCAGGACAAGAGCGUGAAGGAGAUCAAGAGCUUUGUGGAGAACCUGCUGCCGCAGUUGAUGGCCCAGAAGAAGGCCACGUCGGAGCACACGGCCAUUGCUGGCCUGCUGCACGAGCAGGUAAACGCAGUGGCUUUUGCCGAUGAUCUGGCCGCCGAGCAGGAGUUCAUGGUCUGUGCGGACAUCGAUAAGCCGAGCGCCUACAUCGAGGACCAGAUCGCCAGCAAGGCGGAGCUGCGCGGCGUCCUGCGACUCAUCUGCCUGCAGUGCGCCGCCGCCUCCGGUCUCAAGGAGAAACUGCUGAAUCACUACAAGCGCGAGCUCGUCCAGGUCUACGGUCUCGAGGUGCUGCUCACCAUCAGCAAUCUGGAGAAGGCCGGCCUCCUGCACCAGCAAACGGAGUCGCGGGCCUACGCCGUGCUGCGGAAGACCCUGCACCUCACCGUGGACGACAAUGUCGAGGUGGAACCGAAGGACAUUAGCUACGUGCACAGCUUCUAUGCCCCGCUGACCGCUCGCCUGGUGGAGCACUCGCUGAAGCCGCUGGGCUGGCAGUCGCUCAAGAGCCAGAUCAACAACCUGCCCGGUCCGACGUUUGAGGAUUUCCAGGCGCAGCUGGUGGGGAUCGGUGGACGGCAUACGGGCGCAACAGUGGCCGAGAAAUCGCUGCUGCAUGUGCCGCGAGUGGUUUUGGUGUGCUUCGUGGGCGGCUGCACCUUUGCCGAGGUUGCAGCGCUGCGAUUCCUGGCCGCCCAGGAGGACAACAACGUAGAGUUCCUGAUUGCCACCACGAAGAUUAUUAACAAGCAUUCGUUUCUGGACAGCCUGAUGGGAUCGUGAGGCCGGCGUCUGAGCCGCUUGGAGGCUCAUCGCUUGUCCAGUGACCACGGCCUAGUGCGUGGAUGAAACGCGUCGGGACCGCUGAAGCCGAGACCAAAGAGGAGGGGCAAGCGACGCAAUACGGCGGUCAGGAUAGUGAUGGAUCAGCCAUGCAUGACCGAGCAUGCAUGACCUAGGAUAGGCUCGUAGGUUUGUGGCUCUGCAUCAUACUAAAGACAGGCAUAUAUAGUAUAUAAUAUAUAUAUUUUUCGAUCCCGGUAUUUAACCUCGUACUCAACACAUAUGUAUCGCAUAUAUCGUCAAUGAAUGCAUGUAUAUUUCUAUAUAAAUAUUUAUUUCUGUGUGUAAAUGUGCACACCGAAGGAUAUAGUAGUCGUAAGUGAAGCUGAUUCCAAAUUAAAGAUCGCCAGAUUAAGGUGCUUAGCCAAUGUUAUCGUAAAAUAUGUAUAUUCCCUAGUUACCACAGUUACAAGAGUUAUUUAAUCGCAUAAUCGAUAAGUGAAGAAGCCGGUAAUGACACUCUCUGAGCGAGGGUAUUAAAUACUCCUUACAGUAUUGUAAGUUCUUCGAUUUCCACUUCAUUUCGGUCUGGAAUCCCCCUAUAAGUUCACUAUACAAUUCCCAUUUAACUGAAAUAAGCAAAGAAAAAACUAUAAAGUGUUGCAGAAAACCCCACAAGAGCUUGGAGAUUUAGAUCAGGGGGUAUAGUGGAAAAAGGCUGGAUCCAUCUAUAUCUCUCUGAGCCACCGGGUUUCCGGCAACACAAACUGCACAUGUCUGUACCAGAAAUAUAAAAGAUAACCAAGAAUGGAUUACAAUAAUAGUAAUUACUUGGUUUAUAUUGAUUGCUGAACUGGCAGUUGGUUGGAAUAUUUUCGUGUAUAUCAAAUGUAUAAUUAAGCAUUAAUUCAAAAUAAAUGUGAAACAUUACAAAAAUUA